ACCACCUCUCGCCCUCUCCCCUCCCCGGCUCCCCCCCGCCGCAUCGCCGCGCGCGUCGACGAGCCCGCAACCGCGCGACUCCGCCCGCCGACCACCGAAUCGGUCUCAUGAAUUGGCGGGGCUUGGGGCUACGACGAGCUGUGUGCGGCGCGACUAAUGGAGGCGGACACUGCAAGCUUCCUGACCUGGGCGUGCGUGCUCGAUCCGGUCCCGUUCCGGUCGGAUCCGCGGCGGUGCUCCUCUCCGGCGAGGUCGCAGGUCGGGCGGCUCGAUCUGCAAGCGGAGCAGCUCCAGCACGGCCAGGGCGACGACUGCUCCCCGAUGCCGCCACCCUCCGCAAGGAGCGACGACAGCUCGAAGCUCUACGGCACGGCGUGCGCCGAGCGACGUGCAGCGGGGGCGUCGCUGCCUCAGCCACCGGCGUGUCCGACCACCCAUCCACGUCCCCACUGCUGCCGCCGGCCGGCCACACGACGUCGCUCGUCCCGCUGCUUUAGCAGGCCAAGAAACCGGAACGCCCCCCGCGGCUGGCGACCUCGGCAUCUCCAUCGACCGUCUCAGAAAGCGCUACCUCGCCCGGCUCCCGCAUAGCUGAUGCAAGCCAAGAAACAGGGAGUGCCGGCAAUAGUACUCUGAAUCCAUCAAUGCAGCUGAAUCCAUAAUGCUAAUCAAUAGGUGGUUUUGGCCUAACUGGGAUGUGCUUGAGUCCCGCAUAGCUGUGGAGGAGGAAGCUGCUGCCCUUCUUGAGUAGUUUGCAAAGAUCUUCAGUGAGCAAAGAGGGCAGUGGAAGGCAGCAACCCAAUCCCAGGAGUUCCUUUGAACCCUUCAGCGUUAAUACAAUAAUGCUUACACAGAUCCUGAGAAGCAGGAUGCUAUAAAUGUAUUCUUGGGCCAUUUCCAGUCUGAACAAGGAACACCUACUAUUGUGGAAGUUGGACUGAGAUCAGCAUUACAAUGUUGGCCGCCAAGGAACUCUAUGUGAAGAAACUGGAAGGUCCAUAUAAUUAUGAUGUCUUGGAGGGUAUGACGUUCGACAAUAUUUCUGAAUCCUUCAAUGCUAACUUUGAGGAUGGUACAAUCGGGGAGGUAAUUAUUUUUCCUUUUGUCAUGUGAAGCCCAACACUAUGCUCUUAACCAGGUAUGGAUCUUUGAGAGUAUCCUUCAUGGUGAAUAUGAAGAAGUAAUGAAUAUCCAAGUACUUGUUGUGGCUGAAAGGGUAGACCUGCUCUAACCAAAGGACCUUUAGAUGCUUGGACCGGUUCUAUAGAUUAACCAAAGGAUGAUUGUAAUAGUUGGCUCUGCCUGUCAUGUAUAGAGUAACCAAAAGUUGUAUAUGUUCCUCCCAAGUUAUCAUGUAUUACAUUUGUGGACAGUUGUAUAUGUUCUGAUCUAUACACGUAUGCAUAACAAACAAAGCCUGUGUGUUCAUACCUGGGGUUGAAUCCGUACAACGUCGCCCACGGGAACUCCUAUGUCGCUGUCGUGGUUCCGCGGCGGUGGCGUUGUCCAGUGGUUCCGUGGCGGCGGUGCUGUCGAGUGGUUCCGCGACGACGGCGCUGUGGACUGUGCAGACCCAGAUGGAGUCGGGCGGCGAGAUCUAGAUGGACUCAGGUGGCGAUCCAGAUGGACUCAGGCGGCGAGAUCUGGUGCGGGGAAUGAGGUUCUACGGCAGGCCGAUCCUGCAUGGGCGGGGUUCUCGGUGGGUUGGUGUGGGGGUGAUGGGACGGAAAAAACCGGUUGAAAAAAACCAGACAAAAAAAAAACCAGACGAAAGUGGGGGGACUAUUCAACCAACUCGUCCAUUAGAAGUAGAGAUUAGGAGUAGAGAUUACUCUCGAUCAAUAUAUAUAGCUCCCCCGCCUGUGAAAAUCCCUAUGCUGGAUUACUUCAAACCCCCGACCCGGUUUCACAUCGCCGAGGUCUUCGCCGUCAGUGAAUCUGGAAGCAAGGCGGUGCUCUCCGCUGCCAAGUUUCUUCUAGGGGUUUCAUCCUCUCUUGACGGUGAACCGCUGAGACGCUGCUCCGGCUUCUGGGUCGAUUGGGAUGAGGACAAGAAAACCGGCCUUGUUUUGACAACUGCGUGGCUGAUUCGCACAAAGGAUUCUCCUGACAGCGGCGAAGAGUAUGCUCCGCGUGCUGAUGUCACUGUUCAUUUGCUAAAUGGCACCAGUGCAAAGGGUGAUCUGGUCUACUACCAGCCCCAUUACGAUAUCGCUUUCUUGAAUAUUGAGGUGGAUCAACCUAUCAAGUUACCAUCUUUCUGUGAAGAAGGUGUAAAAUUUGCCGAAGACGUUUUUCGGCUCGGAAGAGAUAAUUCCUUGAAUCUAAGGAUAACAUAUGCUAGGGCAGAAUAUCAGAAUCCAAACAUGUAUCGGCGGUAUCACAAUGUACACUUCCGUUCUCCAGAUGGCCAUGGUGAUGAUAACGAGUAUGACAAUGGGGGCCUAGCCAUUGACUUGAAGGAAAAAGUUGUCGGAAUGGUCAACCUCCCUAAGAGAUUUUGGUCUUUCAUACCUUCUUCCAUUUUGUUCAAUUGUUUGGAUUCAUGGAAGAAAUAUCGCAGAAGGGGAUAAUUGACGAUAACCCCCUUUGUUGAUCGAUCCUUGAUCAUAUGCCCCUUUGAUGUGUCACUGAUAUGUGGGGUUUAAGUGACCCGACGACGAAGCAGCAGCAAGAAUGGGAGGCGUGUGUCCACUGUGACGUGGCAGGCCGCUGUUCGGGGAUGACGCCGGCGGGGUGUCGGCGGCAGCUCAGUGCGCGAGCUGUGGCUGCUACUCCACGAGUGGGAGAAGGGAGCGAACAGGUUGACCUAAUGCGCGGUAGGCUUUGGGAAAAGGGAGGGAACAGGCUAAAUUUGGGCCAAAAUUGCCCAGGCAGUUAAUUGGCCCAACCUAUAAUUUGGUUUGAGUGGCACCACAAUGUAUACUUCCAUUCUCCAGAUGGCCAUGGCGAUAAUAAUGAGUAUGACAAUGGGGGGCCAGUUAUUGACUUGGAUAGAAAAAUUGUCGGAAUGGUCAACGUCCCUAAGAGAUUUGGGUUUUUCAUACCUUCUUCCAUUUUGCUCAAUUGUUUGGAUUCAUGGAAGAAAUAUCAGUUAAUUAUUGACAUUUGAGCAUUGGGUGUCUGGAGGAUCUCCUGCUGAGAAAUUUGGAAUCCAAAAAGGUGAUAUUAUUGAAUCUUUCAACGGAAAGCCUAUUUCUUCUAAAUUGAGUUGGAAAAUACGUUGAUGAGCAUAUGCAAAGGCCCUUUAGACGCUGAAGUUCAUAUUUCUGUUGGGGUGUUUCACACACUCAAAGAACGACGAAGCACCGUAGAGCUGACUGCAAAAUUAUCUGAACUUGGAGAAGUUAUUACAAGAGGUCCUACAAACUCUUGAACUGGCUGCCAAGUCGAGGAAGGAUGUUCCUAUGUUGUGUUGUAUUGUGAUGCAUAUUUACCUGUGACCACAUGUAUGUUAACCACUUUGAUCUACUCUCUCCCAACCAAUUCGA